UAAACCGAUAACAUCACGAUCCUUUUAUACAUGGGACCUACCUACAUCACAUCUCCUGUGUCCAACUCUUUUUGGUGAUUGGCAGGUAACCGUAGAUCUCCCCUAUCAGAUGUUAGGCCUUUCACAAAUCACUAUGCAAUAAAACAUGCCUUUCUAUGCCUAUAUAUAACCCAUUCCUUUGCUCUCCGACCCUGUUAUUACACCAGGUACAAACCCUCCUCUGUAUCGAUCCUUCCCUUCAAUUCUCUCUUUCGUUUUUGGGUUUCUCUUUUUUCCCUCGGCGACAGGCCUCUCCUUGUGGCACCCGUACAAGAGCAAGAACUUGGAGAAGAUGAGAGCAUGACAACCGCUGAUCUUAGAAUCAACAGUGGAGAAUUACGAAACUUUCGAGGAGGCCCCACAAGCAAGAAGAACUACAACGACAUGUCGGCAGCACCAAAGGAAGAGCCAUGCACAGAGGACAGAUCACCUACACCACCAUUAGCAGUCGUGCCGUUCGCAGCAAUCCCCAUGCCACUAAACACAGUAACCCCACCAAAACGGGCAUCAACCAAAGACCGACACACCAAGGUGGAGGGUCGUGGCAGAAGGAUCCGAAUGCCCGCAACAUGUGCUGCCCGGAUCUUUCAACUAACCAGAGAAUUAGGCCAUAAAUCAGACGGGGAAACGAUCAGGUGGUUGCUCGAACAUGCUGAGCCUGCGAUAGUUGCAGCUACAGGAACUGGCACUGUCCCUGCUAUUGCCAUGUCUGUUAAUGGAACCCUCAAAAUCCCGACAACAACUAGCUCCAGCGCCGAACCUGACGAACCGAACGCUAAAAAGAAGCGCAAACGACCCGCUAAUAGCGAGUACGUUGAUGUCAACGACAGCGUAUCGGUAUCAGCUUCUCUCGCUCCCAUAACGACGCGACAGCCGCCACAGCCGCAGGCGCAACCACCAGUCACGGCAGUACCACAGGGUUUGGUGCCCAUGUGGGCCAUACCAUCAAACACGGUCGUUCCAGGGGCUUUUUUCAUGGUACCGUCCAUGCCAGGACCGUCUAACCAGCCCCAGAUAUUUACGUUCCCAGCUGCAGCUAGUCCUCUCAUAAAUAUUUCUCCCAGGCCAAUUUCAUCUUUCGUGUCUUCCAUGCAAUCUAAUAUAGCUGUGGCUCUGCCCGUUUCUGGUUCAAAACCUGGUAAGGGUAUUUCAAUGACGGCACCAAGUUCAAGCUCUGCUCAUACUACUCGGACUACAAGUACAACUACUAAUAGCACUCCUCAAAUGCUUAGAGACUUCUCUUUAGAGAUUUAUGACAAACAAGAGUUACAGUUCAUGUCUCGGUCUUCAAAGCAAUGACAAAAAUUGAAGGAUUUCAUUGGUGGAUUUUUUGGGUUCUAAUCCAUUCUGUGGCGUCCGCCAUUAACAAGUUUAUUCGAGCUCAGGAUUACGUAUCUCUUAAGCUUCAAAAAAAUAAUGGGGGGGAUUAAUUCGUGGAUGGGGAUGAGAGCACGUGCUCACGUGAGGGUGUUUAAAGUUGUGCACGUGUAAAGUAGUGCAGAGCAGGCGGAGAAUAGGGUCCACAUUAAUGGUGGGUCAACAGUAACCACUUGCAAAUAAGAGGAGACUGGUGGGGGUCCACAUUUUUUGUGGUAUUUGUAAGUUAUUAGGGUUAAAAUCUAAACUUAGGUUUUUUUUUAAAUAAAACUAUCAUAGUUUUCUUAUUUUUUUGGAAGACAGCUUCCACUGCUUUGACGGAAAAAAUAACAAAAAGAUGAUUCAGCAGCCGUGUGGAGAAGGGAAAGGGCAAAAAGACCUGGGCACCGUGGACCGUGCAACGCAAAAAAGACGGGCACUUGUUUUCGUUAGAACAUCAUGAUCGGUUCCUCAUUUGACGUGGGCGCGGGUCCCGAAGAGGCUAUGGGGUCCGAAUGGGACCGUUUCUUUUCUUGCAUUGCUUGCAAAGCGGCCGCUUGUCCCUACUACGGGGUGGUUCGGUGGUCCGAUCGAGAGUGGGGAUUGACUGGAACGACAACACGUGGCCUCGAUUAUCUGUAACUGUGGGGUCCUAAACUUUAGUAUGACACGUGGGCCCUGGGUUUUAUUUUAAUUUUUAACUGGGCCCCCCGUUCUGGUUGGACUGGUGAUGAAUCUGAUGACGGUAUCUGAUGCUCCUUUUGUUUAUAAUGUUGAAGUGGUUACAAGCAAUUGUAAAUGGACCCUGUACCAUGUUAGUUUUAUCUCAUUAAUUGAUUAUUAGUCAAAGAGAUCCUCAAUAUCUCAUU